CCGUACUUCUUCAGUGGGGUCAAUGCAGUGAAACUUCGUCCUCCACAGAUAACAAAUCUCAGGCCAUCAGAGAGAAGGUCCGGGUGUUUGCAGGUGAUCUGGAGAAUGGUUGAGAGCUUUCCCAAGAAUGAAAAAGUCUACAUACUGCUCCAAAUGGAGUACACGACACACAACCAGACCCGAUCCCAGACUAUACAAGCCUUUUCCAAGGAGACGUUGGCGCUGUGUGACUUACACCCAGGAUCCAAGUAUUUGGUGAGACUGAGAGCUCAGGACAGUCGAGCGCACGCUCACUGGAGCUCGUGGACAUCUGUAGACACAACCACAGCAGAGAAAGCUCCGUCUGUAGCUCCUCAGCUCUGGAGACUCAUCCAACCUGCAGAAGAAGCUGGAAGGAGAAGCCUCACCCUGCUCUGGAAGCCUGUGUCCUGGCCUGAGGUCAAUGGUGUUGUGCUCAGUUACUCUGCAACCUGUCGCAGUGAUCUGGAUUCAUCACAGUGGACCUGUGACACUAUAGACGCAUCCAGACGCUCCUGCAUCCUCACCGUCUCUGAUGAUCCCUGUCACUGCAGCCUGACAGCGACGAACUCUGCUGGGACGUCACCUCCAGCUCACAUCUCCAUACCUGCACAUACGCAUGCAGAAGAACUCCCACCCCCUCAGGCUAUCAGCGUCACGCCAUUGGACGACACUCGACUGACGGUGAAAUGGACAGCUGCACUGAACCAAUCAGAGAGAGGCUUUGUGGUGCAGUGGACUUCUGUGCCUUACAGUGAACCAACUAGUCUGCACUGGGAGCAUAUAAAUGAAACUGCAAGAAGCUUUGUUGUCACAGGUCUUCUGCCAGAAGUCCCAUAUAAUCUGUCGGUCGUGAGUCUGUAUGGGCGACAGGCAGGAAGUGACAUGUCAGUCAUUGCUUUCACAUGGGAAGGAGCGCCCUCUGUCGGCCCAAAUAUGACAGUGCUGAAGACGAGCAGCAGUGGUGUUGUUCUGAAAUGGGAUCCUGUUCCUUUAGAGAAACUCCACGGCUUCAUCCAGAACUAUACCAUACUGUACGGCAUAAAUGGCAAAGACAAAAGUGUGAAGGUAGACGCUCAUGUUGAACAGAUAUCUCUCAGUGGACUGACGGAAGGAAUCUAUAACAUCUGUGUAAUGGCUCAUACUGCAGUAGGGGGCGCCGCUGGGCCCUGUCAGAUGGUGCUUGUGGGGCUUGAGGAUGUACAAGUGAUUCCCAUACUGCUGUGUGCACUUCUGCUGUGUUUUCUGAUUCUAAUCAUCCCAGUAUGCAUGAGGGCGAGGAUUAAACUGUGUCUGUGUCCAACUGUACCAGACCCUUCAAAAAGCAGCCUGUCGGUCUGGUGUAACGCUAAACCGUGUCAGCAUAAGCUACCAUCCUUGUCCACCAUGAACUCUAUCAUCUCUAUGGGUCAAACUACAAUCUAUCAGGAUUAUGGUGAGAAAGACUACAUCCCUGUCCAGGUGUUCACCUACCACACUGUUCCACAAGACAGCAAUGAGACCGAAACCAAGACCUACAACAGCACUUCUGCUGUAACCCACCAGGACUCCAAACUCACACCAGCUCAAGCUUUCCCCACACAUUUCCUCAACCAGAGCUACACCGAACCAGCCCAAGUCACUCCUGCUGGAUAUAAAGAAGACCCACAGCCCUCAUCUGACGAUCUCUUGUUUGAAUCGCUCUUCACCUACAACAGUAAUCAAGCAGAUCUAUGCGGCUACAUCCACGUGUCUGAGAGCUACGCGCCGGUGAUUACGACCGUAGACUCGUACAGGACUCUCGACCUGAAUGAGUGUCCGCAUUUCCUACAGGUUUUACCAGAGGACACCAGCACGUAGUUCACUGCAGUGUAAACAAUGAGUCUUACGUGACUGGGGUUUCACAAUCCCACUCUCUCCAGCCCGCCAAAACAUGAACCCUCGUAUCAACCACCAUCUCUGUGUGCUUUCUGUUUGGCAGAUAUACACAGGCUUGUGCAGUAACGGGAUAGUUGGAACGGCAUAAGGCUGGUGCAUAAAGCUGGGUGCAAUUAAAAUCAGAAACUUGUCUACUCUGUAAACUGUGUCCAGUGUAGACCGCCGCAGUCGAUCAUAAUAGUUGCACUGGAUUUACAAUAGUUUCAUGGGCUGGUUCAAGAGAUUGUAUCCGAUUGCUGUUUUGCCCGACACUUGAAAAUGAAUUGUGAAUUUUUUCCAAGCAGCCUUUUUAUCUGAGCACCUCCUGUCAGAUCUCGUCGAGGUCAAGGACACCACAUGAGGACCGCUAGUCAUUUCCACAUGUGACACCUCUCUCACAAAACUUCUCUGGUCUAGAGUCAAAUGUGCAUAAACCACUGAUGCCAGUUGAGUGGAAAAUAUGUGCUGGGUCGGAAAAUUUGCUUUUGUUGCAUGGAAACUUGGCCUAUAUUUGCUAUUUCUGAGAUCAAACAGUGCCAUUUUUCUUGUGACAUUGUUUUCCAAUUUUUUAUUAGCAAAUGGUGCUUGAAAAAUACAAGUAUCCAUAUUCAUAUUGUGAUAUUUGGUUUAAUAUUACUUUUUUAAUACAUAAUUAGUCAUCUUCAACCCUCCCAUUUCUGUUGACACAAAGGACAAACAGACCUGGACAGGACAACACGUUCCCCUGGUUACAUCAUGGACACAGCUUGGAAUUAUAUGGACCUGUUUAACUGA